AUGCAUAAAGGCAAAUAUGUUGAUCGCAUUAACUUCAAAUCAUCGAAAAGCAAGGCUAAGGUGGUACUUGUUCACAUAACUAAUCCUGUGCCAUUAACAUCAAUUCAAAUUACGGCUGUUAUUGGUACCUUUCUAAGUAUGAUUAGCUUUCUUGCGAAUGGUUAUGUGCUGUAUAUUAUUUAUGGCAAUAAAGAAAUGAGAUCAGGAACGUACUACGGAUUAAUUAAUGUAUCUAUCGCCAAUUUAUUGGUCGCCGCUUUCUAUCCCUUUACGCCAAUUUUUAUGCUAAUCACGUAUAAUUCACCUUUGAAACAUUCUGUAUGGAUAACGUAUAUCAUGUGUAGUGUUACUGUACCAAUUGCUAUUGUAUCAUUAAUGGUAGCUAAUAGCACUUUAGCAUUUAUUGCUGUAGAGAAGUAUUAUACAUUAAAUCAAGAUUGUACGUUGAAAAGAAAGGUCAAAAAAAGUAAAAUAUUUGCAGUAUUAGUCGGCUUAUGGUUUAUAACAAUGAUUCAACAUUGGCCUCGUACUGUUCUAGUUAUGGAUAUGAGCUACAUACAAGGCAUUUGCACCGUUUAUACAGAUAAUAGUGUAUCUCGCAGGAUUAUGCUAACAUUAUCUGCUGCUGGAAUUGCAAUUCCAUUCGUUAUUAUGUGCAUUUGCCAUACUAAAAUUGUGUGGAAAUUGAAACAACGUCAUCGAUUCUUUAUUUCUGCUGCUAUUUUGAAAGAUCUUAAACUUCAGAACUUUCGUGAAACGAACGUGUCAAAUCAAAAAUUAAACAACGCGGUGAAGAUUCUACGACAUGUUGCUUUGAGUCAGUUUUUAUGUUCUUUCUGCUGGCUAUUUGGUUUUUAUGCAACGGUUUUAGGGUAUGCAUACAAAGCUAGCCCAUUUACUAUCGGCUUAUCGUACGCAUUUAUGUAUGUCUGUGGAGUCUUGACAGGCUUAUAUGGUCCAAUCCUCUAUAUUUUUUAUAUAAAAAGAUUUCGCCAACCACUACAAAAUUGCUUUAUUGCUUUUUGGUCAAUUUUAAAAGUAGCUUAA